AUGUAUUCGCAAAUGAUACGUGCUUCCUCGAUUGUUUGGAGAAAAUAUUUUGUCUACUCAAUCGCAAAUGCCAGUCAACGCCUUAAAAUACAAUCGUUAGCGAAACAACCCAGGAAAGUUACUCCCUGGAUUGCUCAGCAGGAAUGUCUGUCUCAUGGUAGCGACUGUCCACCCAAGUGCUGGCAAUGUGAUUUUCCCCACAAAUCUGAAUUGUUUUGCUCUAAAUGCAAGGCCUUGCAAAAACUGCCCAAGGAUCUAAACUAUUUUGACAUUAUUGGAGUUAAAAAGGACUUUGACAUUGUGACUGAUGAAGUGCAAAAAAAGUACAGACAACUGCAAAACCUCUUGCAUCCGGAUAAGUUUGGCCAGAAAUCAGAUAAAGAAAAAGAGAUAUCAGAAAACUUGUCAGCUCUAGUCAAUAAAGCUUACAGUAUUCUGAUUUCUCCAUUAGACAGAGGUUUGUACAUGCUCAAGUUGCACAACGUCUCUAUACCCGAAGAAACAACUAGCUUAGAACCUGAAUUCCUGAUGGAAAUCAUGGAGAAUAAUGAGCAAGUGGAAGAGGCUGCUGAAGAUAAAGAAAAAGCUUUGGAACUCUUGAAGAAAAACAGAGAAAUUUUAGACUCACUAAUAAAACAAAUUUCUACAUCGUUUCGUGAAGAAAAUAUUGAUGAAGCUAAAAAGCUUUUGAUUAAGAUGAAAUAUUACAUCAGCAUAGAGAGCAGAUUAAAAAUAUUAAAGCAAACUCUAGGCAUUGUAGAAUAA